AUGUCGAAUGUUGAAGAGAUGAGCGAUAGGGCUAGGGCGUACCCCUCAGGCGACGCGCAGGGGCAGCACCCGGCCCCUGUGGGAAGUGGACAAGGGUUUUUGCACCAACCUGGGCGGGUGCAAUGUAAGAAGCGAGUCCGGGAAGUAAGAUUGAGGUAUGCAAGUUGGAAUGUAGGAACGAUGACUGGAAGAGCCAGAGAGUUAGCGGAUGUAUUAAAGAGAAGACGAAUAAAUGUGGCAUGUUUGCAAGAGACUAAAUGGAAGGGCACGAAAGCUAGAGAAAUUGGGGAAGGAUACAAGUUUUAUUAUUGUGGAAGUGAUGGGAAAAGGAAUGGGGUAGGCAUUGUGUUAGAUAAGAACUUGAAAGAAAGUGUGAUAGAUGUAAAGAGAGUGAAUGAUAGAAUAAUAGUUGUUAAAAUAAUGUAUGAAAGUUUGAUAAUAAAUGUUAUAAGUGUGUAUGCUCCUCAAGUCGGUUGUGAUGACAGGGUGAAAGAACAAUUUUGGACGGAUUUCGAUGCAGUAAUGAUGAAUGUGCCGACGAAUGAACAGGUAUUUGUGGGAGGAGACUUUAAUGGCCAUGUUGGCAGAAUGAGAGGAAUUAUGAAAGAGUGCAUGGAGGGUGGGGUUCGGUUGCCAGAACGACGAGGGUGA